AACGUAGGUAAAACUUGCUUUCGCUCCGACUAGGAGAGUCAAGAACUGGGUGGGGUUUAAGAUGCCUGUCAUGAAGGGGCUGCUCGCUCCCCAAAACACCUUCCUGGACACCAUCGUCGACCACUUUGAUGGCACUCACAGCAACUUCCUGCUGGGAAAUGCCCACGGUCGCCAUGGUUACCCCAUCGUCUACUGCUCGGAUGGUUUUUGCGAACUGACCGGCUUCGCUCGGAAUGAGGUGAUGCAGAAGUCGUGCACGUGUCACUUCCUGCACGGCGCCGACACAAGUGAGAACCUGAUCCAGCAGGUGGGCAAAGCUCUGGAGGGUCAGCAGGAGUGCCAGGUGGAGAUCUGCUUCUACAGGAAGAACGGACAUCCGUUCAUGUGUCUCCUGGACGUCCUGUCCAUCAAAAAUGAGAAAGGAGAAGUGGUGCUCUUCUUGCUGUCUUUCAAAGACGUGACAGACACCCGCGGGAGGACCCAACACGUGGAGGAGCCGACACUCCGGAGCAGGAAAAACAAGCGCUCCCACUUGUCUCAAGCCCGAGACAGAGGACGGACUGUCCUCCAUCACCUGAGCAGCCUCUUCACCAAGAGGAGCCAGAGGAAGCUACCCAAAAGUGUUUUCCAGAAACCGUCCCUCCCUGAGUACAAGGUGGCAGCGGUGAAGAAGUCCCGCUUCAUCCUGCUCCACUACAGUGUCUCUAAAGCCCUAUGGGACUGGCUCAUCCUGCUGGCCACCUUCUACGUCGCCGUCACCGUCCCUUACAACGUCUGCUUUGUCAGCCAUGAGCCGGCUGACGCCCGCCACUCUCAAGUCAGUCGCAGCACCAUCGGCAGCGACAUCUCGGUGGAGAUGCUCUUCAUACUGGAUAUUGUUCUAAAUUUCCGCACCACCUUUGUGAGCCGGUCCGGUCAAGUGGUGUACGACGCGCGAUCCAUCUGCCUCCACUACUGCUCCACCUGGUUCUUUGUGGAUUUGAUCGCAGCGUUGCCAUUUGACCUUUUGUACGCUUUCAACAUCACAGUGACGUCGCUGGUUCACCUGCUGAAAACCGUCCGCCUGCUGCGACUCCUGCGUCUGCUGCAGAAGCUGGACCGCUACUCUCAGUACAGCGCUGUGGUUCUGACCCUCCUCAUGUCUGUGUUUGCACUACUUGCUCACUGGAUGGCCUGCGUCUGGUACGUCAUCGGACGCAAGGAAAUAGAAAGCAGUGACCCCGUGAUCUGGGACAUAGGGUGGUUACAGGAGCUGGGGAAGCGUCUGGAGACUCCAUACAUCAACAGCACCAUGGGUGGCCCGCCCAUGCCGAGUGCCUAUAUAGCCUCACUAUACUUCACACUCAGCAGCCUCACCAGUGUCGGGUUUGGCAACGUGUGUGCCAACACAGACGCCGAGAAGAUCUUCUCCAUCUGCAUCAUGCUCAUGGGCGCGCUGAUGCACGCUGUGGUCUUUGGGAAUGUCACGGCCAUCAUCCAGCGCAUGUAUUCCCGCCGCUCCCAGUACCACACGAGAAUGAAAGACCUCAAGGACUUCAUCCGUGUGCAUCGACUCCCUCAGCAGCUGAAGCAGAGGAUGUUGGAGUACUUCCAGGCCACGUGGUCCGUCAACAACGGCAUCAACACCAACGAGCUGCUCCAUGACUUCCCAGACGAGUUGCGGGCCGACAUCGCCAUGCACCUGAAUAAAGACAUCCUGCAGCUGCCCGUGUUCGAGCCAGCCAGCCGCGGCUGUCUGCGCUCACUCUCCCUGCAUAUUAAGACCUCCUUCUGCGCGCCGGGGGAAUAUCUGAUCCGACACGGAGACGCCUUGCAAGCCUACUACUUUGUCUGCUCCGGGUCACUGGAGGUCCUGAAGGACGGCAUGGUCCUGGCCAUCCUGGGUAAAGGUGAUCUUAUAGGGGCAGAUCUUCCAGAACAUGACUGGGUCAUUAAAAGCAACGCAGACGUGAAGGCCCUGACCUACUGUGACCUCCAGUACAUCAGCGUGAAGGCCCUGAGGGAGGUCCUCGGACUCUACUCGGAAUACAGCAGCCGCUUCACCUCAGACAUCCAUCACAACCUGACGUUUAACUUGAGAGAUGGUCGAGAUCUUGAUGGAGGGAUGAGGCAUCCGUGGUCCUCCAGAGUGACUCAGGUAUGUGGUCACUAGAACCUUGUUACUCCAGCAUAGCACAACAGGCAACCAUUUACUUCAGUGGACGACUGUUCGGUUGACAAAUGACA